UUUUGUGUUGGUAGAAUUGAAACAAAACGGAGCGCAUAAACUUCGAAAUAAGGACAGAGUAUUCAUCUCUGAAGACCCAAAAACGAAAAAGAAGCGAAAAUGAUGCCUCAGAGCUCCAUCAAAUCCAGCGACGCACAGCUCUUCCAGACCUUGAAUGGCCUUCAACAUCUCUCUGAGGCUCGCCGUUUCAAGGCAUGGUUGUUGGAUCAAUUUGGAGUCGUUCAUGAUGGGAAGCAACCUUAUCCGGGUGCAAUAUCAACGUUAAAAAAGCUUGCAAGUAAUGGUGCCCGAAUUGUGAUUAUAAGCAAUUCUUCACGACGUGCGUCGACCACAAUGGAAAAAAUGAAGAGUCUUGGAUUUGAUCCCUCUCUAUUUGUGGGAGCCAUCACCAGUGGGGAGUUAACACAUCAAUACUUGCAGAGGAGAGAUGAUGACUGGUUUGCAUCAUUAGGAAGAUCUUGCAUUCACAUGACUUGGAGUGACCGGGGUGCUAUAUCACUUGAGGGCCUUGAUUUACAAAUUGUGGAAAACGUUGAAGAAGCUGAUUUUGUUUUGGCCCAUGGUACUGAAGCCUUGGGGCAGUCUUCUGGUGCUGCUUGUCCUAUGAGUCUUGAGGAGCUUGAGAAAAUAUUGGAGCGUUGUGCUGCUAAAAGAAUUCCUAUGGUAGUAGCCAAUCCAGACUUUGUGACUGUUGAGGCAAGAGCCUUACGAGUUAUGCCUGGUACAUUGGCUGCAAAAUAUGAGAAGCUUGGGGGUGAAGUUAAAUGGAUGGGCAAGCCAGAUAAGAUAAUUUACAAAUCAGCUAUGGCCAUGGUUGGUGUGGAUGCUCUGGAUUGUAUUGCUGUGGGUGACUCCCUUCACCAUGACAUUAAAGGUGCAAAUGCGGCUGGGAUCCAUUCAGCAUUUAUAACUGGAGGGAUUCAUGCUACUGAACUUGGAAUUGGCAGUUUUGGAGAAGCAGCAGAUAUGUCUUCUGUAAAGGCCCUUGCGUCGAAGUAUGAUGCAUAUCCAUCAUAUGUGUUGCCAGCUUUUACAUGGUAGGACUUAUGUUCCCAAGUAAAUUACGUGGCUGUAACAUUUAAUUGAGUUUGAUUGUGCUGAGCCUAAUUUAAAAUAGGACUUAUGUUCCCACAUCAAUAUAUCAUUUAACUUGAUUAA